AAAAAAACACUCCUAGCAAGCCAGCUAGACGAGUUGUGAAAAAAGUUAUGUCUGGCUGUCAAGUGGAGAGAGAAAGACUAUUUCUAAAAAUGGACGUUACUCCUCGGUUUCCCGUACAUGAAUAGUAGAAAAUCUCCCCAUGUCCACAGAGCCGGCGCUGGUGACGACUCAACUGCGAACGGUUGGAUUGUUGAAGCUAAAAAGUCCCGGUAGCUAGCGCUAGCAAGCAGGCCAGCUAGCUAACUAAGUUACUAGCUGACGUUAGCUAGUAAUGUCUCUAACGUUACCAUCCGCCGACAUGCUUGAAACACCACCUGGGUAUCCAUUUGAAGAAAUUAACUAUGAGGAUAUUGAAGUUGAAGAGGUGGUGGGGAGAGGAGCUUUUGGAGUUGUUUGCAAAGCCAAAUGGAAAGGCAAAGAUGUUGCAAUCAAGACCAUUGAGAGCGAAUCAGAGAGGAAAGCCUUUAUUGUUGAGCUCCGACAGCUUUCACGUGUGAAUCACCCCAAUAUUGUGAAGUUGUACGGCUCUUGCAAUAGUCCCGUCUGCCUUGUGAUGGAAUAUGCUGAAGGCGGAUCACUGUACAAUGUGCUGCAUGGUGCUGAACCCCUCCCCUAUUACACUGCUUCCCAUGCCAUGAGCUGGUGUUUACAGUGUUCCCAGGGCGUGGCCUAUCUCCAUGGCAUGAAACCAAAGGCUCUCAUUCACAGGGACCUCAAGCCACCCAAUCUGCUUCUAGUGGCUGGAGGCACCGUGCUGAAGAUAUGUGACUUUGGAACAGCAUGUGACAUUCAGACACACAUGACCAACAACAAAGGAAGUGCAGCAUGGAUGGCCCCAGAAGUAUUUGAAGGCAACAAUUACAGCGAGAAGUGUGAUGUGUUCAGCUGGGGGAUCAUUCUCUGGGAGGUGAUCACUCGCAGGAAGCCCUUUGAUGAAAUAGGAGGACCGGCUUUUCGCAUUAUGUGGGCUGUGCACAACGGCACAAGACCGCCUUUAAUCAAGAAUUUGCCCAAGCCCAUUGAGAGUCUGAUGACACGCUGCUGGUCUAAAGACCCCUCUCAGAGGCCUUCCAUGGAGGAGAUAGUGAAGAUCAUGACUCAUCUAAUGAAGUACUUUCCAGGAUUUGAUGAACCCCUGCAAUAUCCGUACCAGUAUUCAGAUGAGGGACAGAGCAACUCUGCUACCAGCACAGGUUCAUAUAUAGACUACACCGGCACCAGCACUAGCAACAAAAGUGAUGCGAACAUGGAGCACAGUGAUUCUCAAGGGAGCAACGACACUAUCAAGAUUACGCCUCAGUUUGCACCUCAUUUCAAGCCAAAGGGAGACCCGUUGCGGACUCUGCCUCUGUCCAGAGGGGGCAGCGUUGAGAGUCUGCCAGCACGGACACAGUGCCUGGCAUCUUCUGACAGCAAAAGAAUGAGCGCUGACCUGUCAGAGCUGGAACCCAAGAUGCCAUUUGCACCUGCAGCACCCCCCCAGUAUAAGCGAGGCCACCGUAAAACUGCAUCAUUCGGAACCAUUCUGGAUGUCCCCAAGAUCGUCGUCACAGCCACAUGCGACCCUCAGAGACGCCGGUCCGUGCAGGAUCUGCCAGGCAUCAGCACAGAGUCCAGCCAGCAGGGGAGCAGGAGCAGCAGCCGGUCCUCCAGUCCCAGUGUAAGGAUGAUGCCACCUGACAAGACCAGCAGCAGAGGCUACUUCUCUCCUGAUGACCCCACAGAUACCAACGGCUCAGACAACUCCAUUCCCAUGGCUUAUCUCACCCUGGAUCACCAGCUGCAGCCGCUCGCUCCUUGUCCCAACUCCAAAGAGUCCAUGGCUGUGUUCGAGCAGCACUGCAAGAUGGCGCAAGAAUACCUGAAAGUACAAACAGAAAUUGCCCUGCUGAUCCAGAGGAAGAAGGAGCUCAUCGCCGAGCUGGACCAAGACGAGAAGGACCAGCAGAACACGUGCCGUCUGGUGCAGGAGCACAAAAAGCUGCUGGAGGAGAACAAGAGUCUGUCCACAUACUACCAGAAGUGCAAAAAACAGCUGGAGCUGAUCCGAGUGCAGCAACAGAAGCGACAGGGCACGUCGUGAUGAGGCAGAGACAUAUGAACUACUACCACCCUCCUCCUCCUGUUCCUCCUCUUCACCCCUGCCCACCCCCUUCCUCCUCACCCUCACACCUGCACUGUAACACUACCCCCUCUCCUGCUCUGCACACAAACACACACACACACACACACUGCUGCCAGUCCAGCUUUGUAAAGAGACCUGCAUUCUACUGUGUCCUGCAUGUUGCAUUGUAGACCCAGCAGGAAGACCUCAAGUCUUCUGUACAGACAUUUGCACAUCCUCACAGUGUCUUCUGUGACCGCAGACCAAACAAUCACUGCUCCCCCAUCCUGACGAGCCCCCCACCCCCAGGAUGGACCAGGGUGGAUGGCCUCCUCGGUGUGUUUCUCAGUGUUUGCUCUCAGGGCCUCUGGGCUGCCAGGUCGUGUGUUUGCACUCCUCAGCAGCUGACAGCCUCGCCGGCCUCCUCAGAAUGUGAAAAACAAAGGCGAAGGUUUUCCAGCGAAAAAAAAACAAAACAAAAAAAGUGCAAAUCGAAUGCAGAAUUGUGAGAGGCAAUGAAAUCUCUGCAGUGUGUGCGCGGACUCCCCCUGUCAUGCAAAACACGCCUCCCCUCCUUUUAAAUCAACAUAUUUAUCUCCACCUUUUCGCCCCUUUUUUUUCUAAUCAUAAGCAUGAGCCCUUCCACAGACCUCCGGUCAGAAGUCAGCAGAAGGAAGAGCUCGGGGUUUUUGUUGACGGUUUGCUCCUCAUGCUCUAUAAAAGAAAAAAAAAGCACUCCGAUAGCUUCCAGAGCAAACACAAGGAGCUGUGGAUUCCCUUUUUAUUUGACCUCAGUAUUGUUUUUGCGUGUCGAUGUUUUUGUCUUUUCUAUUCAGUAGUUCACUUUGUAUGAUAGCUUGUGUCAUUUUUGCAUUAGGACAUAUUUUAUCUGAUCUGGGAAUGCCCUUAUGGACAAAAUAGAGGAGGCUACACCUCCCUAUACAGUAUCUAGUUUGUUUUUAGUUCACAUGUUGCCUUAGAAGUUGCCUGCAUUUUAAGUGCUUGUUUUAUGUGACAUCUAGUAGGGAUAAAAGCUUAAAAAAAAGAGAUUUUUAAUGUACUGAACAUGAAUGAAAAUGUUUCUGCAGAUUAGGGAGAAGGAUGUGUGUCAUUGAGCUGAUAAUGUAAAUGUCUCCCACCAGCUUUACAUCCAAGACUAUGACAUGUACUUUAUUUUUUCUUGGUGUCUCAUAUCCCUCGAGUAUUUUUGCACAAUCACUUUGUUUAGUCUGGUCAUGUACAAAAUUUUAUUUCUCAUUUAUGCAAUUCUGUUUUUAGAAGUGAAAGACUUGACGAGUCUUGCUUUUAAAAGUCACCAGUCCCGGGUCAUGGGUUUGAUUGACGACACACACACCGACACACACAAACCGUUGUUUAGAAGUGUUCCCUAAGAAGUUGGGAAAGGAGGUACAAGUAUAUGACAGUGAGCAAGGCAUUAUGAAAUAAACUAAAUGGUGAAAAAGA